GACAUGAUGGUUGUGGGCUCAGACGUUGCUCGUGUCACGGGAAGCCAUCAGCCAGGCUGUGUCACAGGAGGAGGGACGCAGGAGGACGCUCAGGGUGGAGGGACUUACAGUAACACUUCCCCUGACUCUGAAGACAGAGAAGUCCUCUGUGACCAGCAGAGAGAGAGACAGAGACAGACGGAGAGAGAGACAGAGAGAGAGAGAGAGCCGGGCGGACAGCAGGAACUUCACCGGGAUGCUUCAACCAUCCCUUCUCACCAAGAUUACCUGCUAAGAAAAUGAAUUGUUGGGGUGAAUGUUGGUGUCUCUCUCAUGAUCUUCAGCAAAAUGUUUUAAAAAAAAACGUUGUUAAGGACACGCUCAAGCCACUGACCCCUUGAAAUACAGAGAUGGAUGAAGCUGUGACCCCUACGGACUCUUCGGACUAUGAAAACGGGGAAACACUGAUCAUCCUGAUCUCCAGCCCUCUGUCUGCCUUCAUCAUCCUCUCCAACCUCUUCAUCAUCAUCGGAAUUGUCUUCAACAAGAAGUUGCACAACACGGCCAACUACUUCUUCCUCAGCCUGCUGUUCGCAGACUUCUUUACGGGGGUGUUCCUGCCAUGCAUUCCCCGCAUGAGGUAUAAUAGAAACCUGGGGUAUCACUGGUGUCUCCUUGCUUUCAUAUCUCCAAAUUUUUUCUUUCUCUCAUUCCUAGCCAACUUGCUGAUGGUUCAUUAUGAGAAGUACUUGUGCAUUAUAUACCCCUUGCAUUAUCGGAGCAUUUGGGUCCACCGCUGCGUGCCUUUCGCUUUGUUUAUGGUGUGGGUGUUGCCACUGACAUUUGCCAGUCUGCCCAUGCUGGGUUGGAAUAACUGGAACGACAGUCAACCCUGCUCCUAUAAGCAAGUAUUCCCUCAUGUCUAUAUUUACGUGGAGACCUAUGGUCUAGUCAUCCCUUCCAUCCUGGUCAUGAGCUUCAUUACCAUCAAGCUUCUUUCAGUGGCCAGGAGACAGCUAAAGGAGAUUAAAAAACUUCACCGGUCGGUCCAACGAGAAGCGGCCACAGAGCUGGAGCACCAGAUGGACCUAAAAUACGCCAAGUGCAUUGCCAUCUUCUCUCUGACGUUCCUCAUCUGUUGGGUUCCCUACAUAGCAGUCCUUCAGGUCUCGGUGUUGGCCAUGGAGAACUAUGAUAUCAGCUGGAAGAUUGUCCUCACGCUCACGUGCGUUGGAAGCGGAAGUGCCACUAUCGUCCCUGUGAUCCUGGGACUUUGCCACCACCAGUACACUGAACUCUGGAGGACGCUCUGCAAAAAGUACUGCAGAUCCUGCUGUAAGCCUAAAGUUAAUCACCCAAAUGAGCACAAUAUGGUCAGCAAGGAAGAGACUCUUGAAGAUGGUUUAACUUCUGUUACAUAAUUUAUUUAGUCCUAUAUGACUUCACCUAAAAAAAAAAAAAUCUCUGCCCCCAUUUGUAGCACACUGAUGAUGUAAAGGAUUUAUUUAAUAAAGUGGUGUUGGAAAAAAAAA